AUGAGGACCCUUGAAAGUAGAAUAUAUCGCGUUUUAACAAAUACCAACGAGCCAACACCAUCUGAAGUCUGGCUGAACCAACUAGAGCGUCAACGCGCAGACCACGAGUUCGGGCUUCAGCUUAACGCUUCUACGAUCAUCGAUAGGGCAGAGCGGCAAAAGAAACCGAAAGCAGUAGAGCAGUUGGAAAAUACAACAGAAAAAUCAAUCAAGCGAGAGCACGCGAUUCAGCUUUAUAAAAGUAUCAACGAUAGGACAAAACAGCAAAGGAAACCGAAGGCAGUGAAACAGUUGGGUCGAGAGUUGCAGACCGUUGAAAUGGUAAACGACCGCGAGGUAGCGCUUCAGCUUUACAAAUGUAUUAACGAAAGGGCAAACCUGCACAAGAAAUUCAAGGAAGUCGGGGUCCAGUUGGGUCAAAAUUCGAAGAAAUCUGGAAGAAAACGAAAAAAUGAAGAAGAAUCUCCUGCGAAAUGCGAAAAUUUGGCGAAGAGGCGCAAAACAAUCUCAGUCCGACCAGAAAAAAGAUCAACAGAAGAUAACAAUGUAUGGAAUGGUGAACCAAAAGGAUGGGACUACAUUUCCGACUGUAACGCUCGCCUCUUCAAACAAGGAAAGGGAGAACUCAAAAAAACAAUGGUGCUCGUUUUAGACAAUUCUUACCGAAACUACAGAACCGAUCAAAGAGAAAGAGCAAAUGACUUCAACGGAUGGAAGAUUUUCGACAAAUUUGGCCGGCCUUUGGGAACGCUUGGCGAAUACAUUGCCAAACAAAAUCCAAAAAUUACCAACAAUGACCAAUAUGAAGAUUCCUUUGGCGAAUUUACAUUGAACGACCCUCCUUCUGGAGAGGAGCUUUAUAGAACUAUUACUUGUUAUCUCUACGGGCUCGCUACUGGCUACUUCAGACGAUACCCGACGAAACAGGUCUUUGAUUGGAAAGUGCAGACAAAAGUCACGCUUAUGACCGAAGAUAACAACGAGAUUCAAAUGAGCGAACUUGUUGGAAAGAAUCAAGAUCGCUUCCAGCUCUCUCACUUGUCCCUUUCUGUCCGUGUUGCUAUUGCUAAAUGA